AAGAUUCCGUUCGGACCCCCGGCUCCGAGAGGCAAAUUUCCUGGCCACUGGGCAUCGGAUUGCAGCAGCGCUCGCUCGCUUUCUCGAUUCCAAUUAGAAGGUUCGGAACAACAUGAGUCUCAGCUCACUUUCCAUUCGGGCGGUGCGGUCGCGCUCGUCUGGGUGAUAUUUGGUUUGUCUUGCUGCGAAAGAAUCCGGUCCUCGAAUUACGCUCGAGACUUUGGAAAUUUGAGCUAGCUGCAAUGGCUCCGGGGCCUCCGAAGAGAGGCAAUCCCAAGGCCAAAUCUAAGAAGGCUCUGUCAGUCGACUUCAAGAAAGUGAAGACGAAGGUUGGAAGAAAGCUCGCGCCGGCCAAAAACUCAACAAAGAUCGACUUUCAAGCUAGAGGCAUUGUGGUACCUGGUCAAAGUGUUGCUCAAGAUAAAUCAGGCUUGGCUGUAAAUCAGCGGAAGCAGACAUUAAAAGAGCUUCUCGCCCAGACUACUCACUACAGCGAACGUACUCGGAAAGAUGCAUUGAUGGGCUUGAAGGAUUUAUUUGGAAGGCAUCAAAAAGAGCUAGUUAUGCACGCUGUGGUAGUCAUAGAGAAGCUUUUUCCGCGGGUCACCGACACCGAUAAGAAUGUGCGGCAAGCCUUCGUUGCCCUCUUGCGUACAUCAAUCCUUCCACAUUUACCUCAGACCAUGAUGAAGCCGCUGAUACCAGUAAUAAUGGCUCAUGUCUGUAGUGCAAUGACGCAUUUGGUGAUUGAUAUCCGUGUGUCAGCCUGUUCCUUUCUAGAACUGCUUAUGCAACACUGUUCAAAUCUCAUCUUGCCAUUCUUUUCAGACCAGAUUGUGCAGCACUACGUCAGUCUUUUAGGGAAAGGUGGAAUUGCUGGGCAAUCCGAAUCUAGGCUCGUCAAUGUGCUCGGCAGCUUGGAGCACUUUUUGUCUGCACUAAAGCGUAAUACUGUCAGUCUCCCUUCAGGAGCUUCUUGUGCUACUCAUACAUGGGGUGCCCAAUUGAAUCUAAACCAUCAGGCUUUACAUGCAUAUAAAAGUGCAGUACCGGAGGGGAAUCAUACUUUGGGCUUGUUUGCACAAGAAAGUCAAUGGCACCAAUCUUCCAAACAAGAGACCCCUUCGAAAGGGGUAUCGAAAACACAGCCAUCAACUACGCCAACUAAAAGUGUGCAACGUAUACAAAACACAGGAGUUCUUGGCCAAGUUCCGUACGCAGCCACUCCACUUGUAGCUGUCUUGCUGGAUUGCUGGGCUGAGUGGUGUCCACUGGUGAAGGGACCAAACCCCGAUGCUACCAGCCUAGAAUGUCUGGUUAUCAUCACCCGCUGUCUUUGUCAUAUCUUCCAAACCAUAACAAGUGAAGCUGCAUCCAACUCUUCUUCAAAGGAUGUGAGUUCUACUACUCCUCUAAGUGUGCCGGAUCAUGGGUCAGAAGAAUGGGAAACUCAUCUGUGCAUGCAGCAGCAAUUUCUUCCAGCAUUGUGUCGACAUCUGCUCGGCUCUUUCCCGUGCACUGCACCAGCCGUCCGUCUUACACCUAAGGUUGAAGAAGGGCUAGUUGCCCUGAAUAUGGGGGUGUGUGAAGUUCUUCUACAAUUUUUCCCGACCAGUUUCCUUGAGACGAAAGAUACUUUUGUGAACGUUGUCCUCCAAUGCAUCGCGGAUGCCCUUCAUGGAACUAUGUUGCCGGCGUCCGAGUAUUCCUCGGGUUUCUCAGAUCCUAAGCUUGCAGAGAUACAUUGCAAAUAUCUAGUCCAGUAUAUCCCCGGCCUAGUUACAUGUGUACCGUCCGACUGGGUGUCGCCACUCUUGGAAGCAUUUACACAUGUCUUCAAGUCAUGUAACUCUCGGUCAAACCUUAAGUUGGUCUGCCUUUCCUCAAUGUCGGAGGUGUUACUUCCUGGAAGAAACUCUGGUGGAAAGAGGAAGCUACAACAAACACUAGUGCCUGUAGAAUACCAGUCUCAAUGGUUGGAGUCUCUUCCAAAGCUUCUAUGGGAAUUAAAGUCUUCUCAUCCAAAUAUUUCUCAGGCUGUGUUGGAGAUGUUGCUACACCUAGGCCGGUCAUCUCCUGAUGGAUCGCCUCUUGCUGAGAGAUAUACUGGUCUACAACAAGCAAUGGUUCCUUUUUUUUGCACCUUCUUGAAACAGCGCGAUGAAUCUCGGUGUUUAUAUGGACCAUUUAUAAAUCUACCCAAACCUUGCCAAGAGCUUGCAACGGAUUUGCUGUUUUACUACACCAGCUUCUCUCCUUUGUUCCUGAAGGUUUUGGCUCAAUGUUGUCUUUGUCCUGAGUUAGAUGUUUCAGUUGCUGUGCGAAUCGUGGAAGUUCUGCAACAAGCGUUUUGUAAAGGAGCAGUAGAACUUUCCGAACAUCUGAGUUUUUUGUUAACGCUUUUGAUGGGGCGAUUAACUUCACAGACUGGUAGGACAAAGAAGAAGCCUCAAGCAGAAACAGAGGCUGGGGCUACAGGGAGUGGUGAGCGUCAGGCCGAUUCGAGGUUGGAGAUUCAAAAAAGGCACAAUGUUCUUGUAGGAGUUGUCUGUGCGUGUCUUGCACAACUAGGAGACGGUCAUGUCCUAUUGCAACUGAUCGGACCGUCGAUUCGACAAGAGCUUGAAGAACAGACCCGGCUAGAUGUCGUUCAAGGGCUGUUCAGGGUAGUCGCCGUCCUCAGUCACAAAGACCAAGAUUCGGAUGGAGUAUUCUUACCGGAGCCACUUAAGGAUCUGUUUCCGAAGACUGCUGCUGACUUUCUCAUAUCUGUCGCUCUGAUGCACGAUAUAAAUGGAGGAUCGGGAAAUUUGUUGUUGUGUAGCUCAGCAAAACGACCUUGCAUGAUGCUGAUGACGAAAAGCCCAAAGUUUACGCGUGCGGUAUUGAAGUUUCUGCACGAAGUUCUUCUCAAAGAAGUAAAUUCACCAAGCUUGAAGAUCCAAAAGGAAAGAGUUGCGGCCGCUCAGGUUAUUUUGGAGAUGCUGAAAACGGAGAAGCUUGAUCGUUGCUUGUCUAGCGCCAAAGAUCUAUUCAAGGCAGUUUUGAAGACCUUAGAGCAACUAGUUUUGAAAGUAUUCGAGGUGGACGGUGGCAUACACAGUUCCGAAGGAAGGGAUCUCAAAAGAUUACACGAACAGCUAUUGACCGCAACUAACGCUCAGUUUGGAAGUGAAUUUGCCGCCUCAUGAGUUUGUAAGCUAGGGAAAAGAUACAUGUACACACAACAUUUUGAGUUGAUUCUUUGGGUUUUUUAUGUUGAUUCAUGAAGAUCGGAGCGAGGCAAGCCCACUAAGGAAUGGAAUUGCCCUCAUACAAAAACAGACAUGAGGGAAUGUGAGGAGGAUAACAAUUUUGCCGGUCUUGAGUGAGAGCAGUCCUUCCUUCAUUCCCAACGACUUACGUAGGAAGAUUUGAAGUAGAACUAGAGAUCCACUGUAACAUAUGAUUUUUCAAGAACCUUCUUUAAAUUUGAUGGUUCUAACACACUUUCAGGUAUCCUCAGUUUUGCUUUGGUCAAUUUUGACAUGGUCCUUCUUUUGUUGACCAUAGCACCAAUCUUAAAAGAGACAAUUGUAUGCUGCGGAAAGCGAGGGUGUGGACAUGUCCAAUAACGGAAAUGCAACCGAGAUCAAGUCACAUGACGUACACACUGGAUAUGGUUGUAUUCAUGCACAGUGCCUCAGUACAAACGUGAAGUCGU